ACUCGCGGCUUGAGGGUCUCCAAAAUUUAAUCGAUCUAAUUGUCUUCAAGUUCGUGAUUCGUACCUUGAUCAUGAAGUCAAGUUCAAGAGGAAUUUAUUCCAAGUUAAGAGAUUCUGCAGUAACUUGGGAUGAGAGGCUGUCAUUAGCGAGGUGUGCCUGGGACUCUGAUGAUUGUGUGAUUCCAAAUAAGCAACAAGUUCUCUUUGAUUGGAUCAUCCAAGAAAUUAUUUCUGGGUACAAGAAAGGAGCAAAGUCUGUCAAUCAUGAGUUUUUAAGUGGGCUUUGCCGAUUACUGCUUCAUACUCUCCAGAAUCAAAAAGACUUUCAUAGUCCUGGGAAACUUCCAAUCACCUUAAAACCUCAAUUUCUUCAGGUGUUUACAGAUGCAUUCAUUUCUAAAGAUUCUGUACAAAAUGGGGAGUCAAUUAGCACCCUUAUCAACUGUUGUUAUGCCAUUAUGUCCACACCUCACCUCAGUGCAUCUAUGCUGGCUAAAUUUGAAAGUUAUGUGUCCUUUCUUUCAGUCCUGGCAACCUUGUAUGUCCAAAUAUAUAGUGAAAGAUCAGAAGAGCUUCACUUACUGUUAGAAAUUUGCUUACAAAAGUAUCUUUUGGCACAGAGGCAACAAGCAAAUCAGCGAAAGGUGUUCACAUCCAUGUGCCAACAACUUCUUGAACCAUUAAUCAGACUGCGUCACAUGUUGAGAGGCUUUUCCAAGAUCUCUCAACCAAUGGUGCAUUGCAGAGAUCAACAACUUGAAGAUAAUUGGCAAAUUGGGAAGCUUGAAAAAAUCUCUUGCCUGGUGGAGCUAGCAGUCACCAGAUGCCUCUUUCAUAAAGAUCACAUGAUAGAGUAUCCACAGGCUUUCAGGGGCCUAGAGGAAAAACAGACUGAAUCUGAGGAGCCUGCCAACAAAAAACCAAGAAUUUUUAGUUAUCCCAAGCUUCUGUUUGAAAAGAUGUGGGAAAUGGUAGAAUCACAGGCAACAGUGGAGAUUGUUGGCACAAAAGAAGCAGCUAUGGAAAUUCUUCCUUUUUUGUACAAAGAAUUUAUCACCUCAAAUAGAAAACUGAAUUCUUCUACCUCUCCUGUGGAGUUUGCCUUUUUUACAGAAAUGUGUCUGUUGCUGGGUGUAUUGAAUGGAAACUAUUCUCAAAAUACCCCUUUUAUGUUUACUUUACUUCAUCAAUUGUUGGAAAGCAUCCUGCACUUUGAUAUUUACCAGGUAUCAGAUGACAGCCAGAAUGGCGCGGUACAAUUCACCUUUUAUGACAGUUUGGUCAAGAUUGUAAUUAAAACAGAUGAACCACGCAAAGCUGUAUUCCAGUGUCUUGAUGUUCUGCUAAAACUGAAUCACUCCUUAGUUGAGCCACACUUGGAUGUUAUUUGGAAAAUGCUGUGGAAAACGGAGUGCAGUGCUGGUGAUGCUCACAGCUCUUUGAUGAAUUCUCUUAUUUCAACCUAUGUUAAACUGCGACAGUUUGACAAACUUGUUUUGGCAAUUCUGGAUUCUUUGAGAAGUUUGAACCCUUCAAGUUCUGGAUUAACGUCAUUCUUCAACCAAAGGUUUAUCAAGGCCAUCCAAAGUCUUCCCCUUGGACAAAUUACCACGAUUUGGAACUCAUUUUGUAAUGAAAUCACUGAAAACUAUCUGGGAAAUCAUUUAAUGCGAGGUUCGGAAGCAGCACUAGGAAAUAAACCGAAUAAAACGAAAAAAUCCUUGUCACAGGUAGCAGUGUGGAAACGUCUGGAAUAUGUGUCAAGUAUCUUCUGUUCCUUUCUUCUCCACAUGAGUUUUGUGGGGAUUGGAGAACAUCGAAAGGGAAAAACCUCAUUGUAAGCAGUGGGAAAAUUGUUAAGUCGUUCAGUACUGGAAGUGCUCCAUCCUAUGAUAGAGCUUUCAUCAAACAUUCAUCAUGACAAAGCAAAAGAAUCUGCUUGUUUUUCUAUUUUGUUGUUACAACGGGCCUUAGGCGAUCUGGAACUGUUCUUGGGAGAUUUUAAAGUUGUCGACUUUGACAAUGAAGCAACUAGAAUACUACCAUCAGUAACGUGGAUGAAUGCGAUUAGUAAUUUUGUUCCUGCAAAGUGCAACAAAGAAAUUAUCGCCGUUCUCUCUAAAGACAAAGGAAGACUUCGUUACCUGAUGAGUGCCCUGUGUAUUCAGAACAUCAGAUAUGCUUUACUCCACGAAAACAAAACAGCAGAGGAAAAGGGUAAAGGGAAUGAGCUCAAGAGACUGGUGUCUAGUGUUUGCAGCCCCGUCAACGACACGCUUUGGUGCCUUGCAUCGUGGGAUAGACUGGAAUGGUCGAUAUGUCAAGAAAACGCUCCAGUUGCAUUAUGGGAUUUGAUCAGCAAACAUGCUGCGGUGCUUCUCCCUUUGUGUACCGCUGACCAUCAAUUACAGAUUGCUCAUCUGAUCAUUAAGACUAUAACUCAGAGAACGCCAGAUGGGGAACAAACACAACCAGGGUGUAUAACCAUGCUUGAUGUAUCGAUGGAAUUGAUUCAAAAUGCGAGCUUUCACGAAAUGCUUGCCAUGCAGUCCAGUACAGUCUGUGCUCUCUGGGGUCGCCUUAGACAUGCUAUCGAUUCUGGUGAAUGCAGUACUAAUAUUCCAGCAGGGAGACUGAUGAACGCUCUCUCUAGUAUUGCAACACUAGCCGUCUCAGUCGACGGAAUUUUGACAGAGACGUGCGAUGAUGAUCGAGCCAUUGACGAUGAACAAGAAGGAAGUAUUGAGGUGGAUUCAGAGAGCGAACAAAGUGCAGAAGAAAGUUCAGACUACGAGAGAGACGAGAAUGAAGAUGUUAGAGCAAACGAAACUCGCGAGAGUGACGAACCACGUGUGGAUAACUUGCAACCCUUCCGUUCUCUCUGUUAUGACAUAACUAACAUCUCUAACAGCAUUUUGUCUGCCGAAGUCCCUUGUACCAACCGGCCAGAAUCAGCUAAGAAGAUCCUGCAACAUCUAAAGGUUCUGGGUUUUCUUCCUCUUGAUUGGCUGUCCGAUGAAAACCGUGUUCGCUGUUUGAUUGGCCUGCUCUCUUGUGAUGUUCUCCUGGGUUCUAACAUUUUCCAGGAUUGCUCUUCUGACACGUUAAAGCCUCUUUUACUGAGCCGCCAUCUCCUUACAGUUUUAUUCGACGGCUGCGUCACCAGACGGAAGUUUGUAGCGCAUCAUGUGCUCGACUUGGAUUCGCUACAUUCUUGGCUUAUUGGUUCGGCUACCAGACUAUGGCGACAGAGACACACGAAUCCAGCUACUGCAAACGCUAUGAAUCUCAUGCUAAGGGAAACCAGAGGUCUUUUCUUCUCCACAUUCAAGUACCUUCUUAGAGCUCCCCAUCAAACUGUCAAUGCAGUUCAGAAGACCACAGAAAGGCUAACAGAUGAGUUACAGACUUUCUGUGCAGAAGUAAGGGAUGCGUCAAUGGACUCUUUGGAAAAAUCUUUAACAUCUCAUCAUGUAGUUUCAGUCAUUGUAGAGGGAAUUUUGGCACUUUGUGAAGAAGUUGUUUCUAGCAAGAUAGCCUCGAACAAGAUGAUCAGGAUUUCGUCCGACGUGAUGAUAAAACUUGGCCCAGUUCUACUCGAGCUACUGAGAGAAAUUGUUCACAAGUCACGAUGGAAACAGAGAAAUAAUGGCCAAAAUGUUGAGGAAAGCACUUUACCUGUUUAUUUCUGUCAAGGGCCUGACUAUAUCGACUCUUUCACUUCGCUGCUCCAUAUUUACUCGGUUUCCGAACAGUCCAGAAAACUGAUUCGUGUGAAUGAAGCUUUUAAGCAGAGGGAAUGGCAAGAAGUAUUUGACGUCAUACUAGCAGUAGUCGUGCAUUAUGUUUUCGAGAAGGACCAGAUGGAGUCAGCACUUUCAGCGAAUGGGAAUAAGGUUCGAAUCGUGCGUUCCUGUCUGCGUUUCCUCAGAGUGGUGUGUAUGUCCUGCUUAGAGUUACAUUUACCAGUAGAUUUUCACGUUCGACUUCUGGCUUCGACGCUCUAUUUUUUGAGGAAGCUGGAACAAAAUAAGAAUAAUCGUACAGAAGACCGUGAAAAAGACAACAGCCUUCGUGUUUUAGAGGUUGGCAUCCAUCAGAGUGAAAAGAUAGAACAGUCUAUGAAAGCGCAAGACAGAUUUUGCGAUAGUGAAAGCAUUCCGAAGGAGGGGUAUCGUCUGGCUGUGUCACUGCUUGAAGGAUGCGAUCCUGACCUUCUACCAGAACUGCUUGAACAAUUAGGAGAUGAAAUUACCAUGAAGAACAAUGGUGAUGCUUGUUUUGAACGACUUAGUGUAGCUCUUCGCGUUUGGCUCCGUCUGUUGAGUGGACGAUUUACCAAAGACAGAAGAAAGGAACUCCGCCCAAAAUUACCCAAGAUUUUAUUCGCAGUACAGUCUGUAUUACAAGAAUUAAAAAGCGAAAACCUCACGGCUGUCAAUCUGGCCACUGAAGUCAUGGAAAAGAUUCUCUCCCUUGGAAAGGGAAUGGUUCUUCCCCAUAACGCAGUCGUUGUCUUGCACAGUGGUUUGAUCAAGCUUGUAGCUAAUGACAGGAGUUUUCCGCGAUUGUUCGAGUCCCAGUACUCUCUACUGAGUACUUUGCUCUUUCAACACCCUGAAGCCGUCUAUGGAGCUGUGCACGUGUUUAUCACGUGUGUUCGGAAUCUUUUAUUAAGUUUGAUACAAGGAUGUGAUGUUCAAAGUGAAGCUGCUGUGGAAAGAAAUGAAGAUAAAACGUCAGAGGAAAGACUGAAACCAACUGAACUUGUGCAAAGCGCGCAGAAGAUGGCAAGAUUAUAUCAAGAAAUUUCUACGCAUAAAAUCGCCUUUUCCAAGUACUCUCCGUACAUGAUCGCUGACUACAUUCGUGGCGUUCAAACAAUUGCUGUUCCUUCACCUGUUAGGGACGCUCUCACUUCUGGUGUUUACUGCUUGUUUGAACUGUGUGGUGAGCAUGAGCUGUCGCUGUUACACGCUGUCCUAGAGAAAGGAUCGCGGGAGCUAUUUCAUUCCUUACACGCGGAUUACACUAAAUAUCACAAGUUCAAGGGCAAAGUUUGAUCGUUAAACACUGAGAGUGAAUUAAAGAGCAGAAUCUCAUAUAAAGUACUAAUAAACAUAAACAUGAUAGCGAUUUGAAGAGAAAAACUUUCUACCCAACCGCAACUUGUUUUAAUUAAGCUUCUGGUCGAUGCGAAAACGAAGAGGCCCACAACAAUGCUAAUUUGUCAAGUUAACAUGAUCUGGCGCUUAAAAAAUUAGAAAAUAUUGAUAUUUUCUGUCAUAAUGUACAGGUAAUCAAUGUUGUCUGCUUUGUUAAAUUAACAUUUGAUAUAUGAAAUGAAAUAAAAUACAUAGCUUUUUAAAGA